AUGGGUGCCAUGACCUUCCGGGUGUGUCCUCAGCGCAACCAGGCCAGCCGGGCUCGUGUACGCUCCACGCCGGACGUGUUGCCACCUCCCGGCGCCACGUUGGGCGAGGUGUUGCUUCAGGAGCAGCUGGAAGAGGCUCCGAUCUCUGCGAAAGUUUUAACCACUUGGCCGCUGGAUUCGGAAGCCUCGACGGAGAGGUCCGAAAGCUCGACUGACAGAUCAAGGCGGCACAAGCAACAGAAGGCGGAGCUGCUGUCACCGCCUCCCUCCGGCUGCGUGCCGAAGGGCAGGCGGGCUCGAUGUGCGGGAGUUGAAGCUCCAGAGGACAUGGAUGCCUGGCAUCGUGCCACGUCUUUCUCGGAAGCUGUGAACUGUCUGGCCACGGAUGCCAACGGAGCUUCGGUCACAAAGCUGGCCUUGGUCGGAGUGAUGCUGACCGACGAGGAAGCUUCCAGACUUGCUGAUCAUCUUCACAGCAAUCCCAAUGUCUUGCGCCUCGCCCUGGUAGAAUGCAACCUCGGCGACCAGGCCGCCGAGCAUUUAGCCGAGGCCUUAGCCGCCAACGACGUUUUGACAUCUCUCUCCUUGGAGGGCAACCGGGUAGGCGAUCGGGGCGCCGGUCGGCUGGCCCAUGCUCUACAAAGGAACGAGGCUUUGACCUCUCUGAGCUUGGGCAGGAACUGCGUGGGAAACCAGGGUGUCAAGCAAUUGCUCGACGCCUUGGAGAACAACUACACGCUGCGAAUUCUGGACCUGACCAGCAACAGUGUCUCACGGCCUGGCUGGUCCAUUGCAGGUGACGGGCGAACGGCUAACCAGAAGCGCCUGCAGGCACGAUAG